CGCUUCCUGUCUGAGGAGCACCUGGUGAUGAGUAAAGGCUAUGACAAACAACUGAAGGAAAUUCUGGAUGCAGAGAUCCUGCCCAUGGUAGAGGAGUUUGACCAAAGGCUGAAUAGCGACACAGUGUAUGAGGAAAAGCUGCAGACAGCAGCAGACAAUUUCAUCGCUGCUGCCUCCAAACUGCCUAGAGUCUCUGGAUGUUUUCCUCCAUGUGGUUUUCAGAGUGCAGGGGCAGUGUACAACUGUAUUACCUGCCAGUAUGACUCCUGUGAAUUCCCUCUCGACUGUCCAAUUAAAGAAAUUAGAGUAAUGGAGUUCAGCAGAAGCCAGAUGUGGUGCGACGUGCCCUUUCAGUUACCAAAUGACAUCGAGGUGAUCUGGAGGUUUGCAGAAGAGGUGAAAACCCAGCAGGUGGAUGAGUUUAAAGAAGUGACUGCAGGGGUGGACAGGCUCUAUUCUAUCCCUUCAGCCAGCUUGCAGCAUCAAGGCACCUACCAGUGUGAGGUCUACUCAGGCCAACGCUCCAUUGUGAGACUAUAUUUCUAUCUCACAGUGACCCCCCAGGUUGCGGCAGGCCAAACAGAGCUCCAGGAGACAUUCGACCUGUCUCUUCUCCCAGGAGGGCAGUUUCUCCCUGCACUUGGUGGUCCUCCUCCCCGCUCCCCCCUCCUCCCCUUGCCACUGCUUCUCACUGCGUGUUUAACAGCUUUGCUGCUGUUGCUGUUCCUCUCCCUCGGCAUUACAUCAUGGCUUACAGAAAACCUAUGUAUGACUCCCUCCAGCACUAGAGGGCAGAAGAGACCCAGUCUACACUGUACUGUGCUCCAUGCUUUGUUUCCAUAUGGGAGAACCAGACAAUGUUAUCCAGCUCUUCUCUGACUGGUCCAGGCUGAAAGAAGACUCAGUCAUGCAGAUUACAGCCACCUGAGAGAUGAAUGUGUGUCUUUAUAUUUUCUUUUUGGCUCCAAACA